UUCAUAAAAUGCCAAAGGUACCAACCAUUACAUGUGCCUAAGGCUCCGUUUGGUAGAGCCAGCAAUUACCUUAACUUUUUCGGUGUCCUUUUACUCCCUCAACUUGAGUAUAUCCAUUAUAAAUAUAAGCAUUGUUGUUGUUCAUGCAGCAACAAGGAAAGAAGCCCAAGCUAAUUAGACACUAAAAAUGGCCCCAAAUUCAAGCACAAAUCUUGCCACUAGUGUUUUCUUCUUCUUCUUCUUUUUGUUGCUAACAAUCCUCGUGUCGUCAACAGAAGCCACAAAGCACCAAUUCCUCAAUCUCAGAGAAACAAAUAUGGUUUUUUACAUGCAGGACUUGCAAUCAGGGGCUAACGCGACUUCAAUUCAGGUUGGAGGUCCCCUCAAGAAGCUUUGGUCAUUUCUAACUUUUGGAACAGUCUACUCUGUCGAUGAUUCACUGAUGGCGGGGAUAAAUCGGAACUCGACCCAGAUAGGAAGGGCUCAUGGCAUCUUCAUCAACUCAGCAUUGGAUGGCUCUGAUUUGCAUAUCUUGAUGUCCUUAAUUUUCACUAACAAGGAGUAUAAUGGGAGUACACUUGAAAUUCAAGGUGCUGAUAGGGUUUAUCAGAAAUACAGAGAGGUUUCUGUGGUUUCUGGGACUGGUAAGUUCAGAUUAGCGAGGGGAUAUGCAACGCUGGAGACUGUGAACUUCGAUAUUAAAAACCUCGCUGCCAUCAUUCGUUGGAAUGUCACAGUUUUUCACUAUUGAUGGAUACGUAUUGGUUUGGCUUUGAAAAAAAUGUGAUGCAUGGUCAUGCAGUAUUACUGUUAUUCAUGCUUGUUGAAAUAAAUUUAUGUUGUGCGUGUGUUUUUUUUUUCUUGGGACUAAUCAGAAUUUGAUGAACUAUUUUAAAAAGAAAUCUUAUAUGCCUACCGAGUCCAAUUAUAAAAACUAUGUACAAGGGUCUGGUAAUAUUUAACGAUUUGAGUGAUAGUCUGGUGGUGUUUG